AUGAACGCCAGCCCCCCUGCAGGAAGUGCCCUGGCCCCCGGCGGCUCGACCGGCCCCACCACACCCAAGAAGGGACCACCCAAGUUCAAGCAGAGGCAGACUCGUACAUUCAAGAGCAAGGCCCCAAAACCAGGCCAGAAGGGCUUUGGCGACGAUAUCCCCGGCAUGGAGGGUCUCGGCACAGACAUCACAGUGGUGUGCCCAUGGGAAGCCUUCGGCGACAUGGAGCUCAGCGACUUGGCCAAAUACGGCAUUAUCUAAACCCACUGCCUCCUGCCUUCCUCACCUGCCUGUACCUCUCCUAAUCCUCUCCACCUUGCCUUCUCUCCACCCGGGCUCGGCAGGCCGCGAUAAGGCCGCCGGCAACCCCCCUAAUGCCCUCUCGUCUAUCUACCUCAUGCUUCCCUCCACUGAGUGGAUGGGGAGCAUAAUGAUGCUAUUUUUAUUAUUUUAUUAUUAUAUGAUACUGUUUAUAGUAUAUAUACUUGAAAAUGAGAAGACGAGAAAAAAGAACUCCACGUACCUUAUUCCCAUUCCCUUCAUCCAUUUAUCAUAGUCUUCUCCUUUCUUUUCCUCCCUCCUCAUUCGGACUCCCUCUCUCCCUCCGCCACUCCAAUCCCGCGGCAAUGGACGCAAGCAAAACACUAGUUAAUACUAGCUUGUAUUUGCUUCUAGCUGUCUGUUAAAAUGUAAAUACUAUGUUCUCAGUGUCGGAAACCUUUUGACCUUGUUUUCCAACCUACCUUUUGUACCUUCUCCCGCUUUUAUUUUUGCAUUGUAUUUUCUACUCCUUGUACACAAGGCUACUGUCAACACCAAGGGAUGCAAGGAGAGUGUGCAAUAUUCUGUAAUGGUUAAAAAUAACUACAAUGUACUUUCACCUGAUAAUGGAGUGUGAACUCCCUUUUAUCCCAUCUCUCUUUCUCCUUGCUGCUAUCUGAACCCACGUCCCUCCUUAGAGAAACCAAAUAUACUGUAUGUUCUGUGAUGCAAGCACAAUACCACAGACACUGUACUGUGAACUGAUAUGUCCGGAUAGCCGCAGUAAAAUGUGUAUAUUUUUAGUACUGUAUGUUGUCUGUCUCUUUUUUUUCUUGUGGGAUAUCUCAUAAGAGAUGAAACAAUUAUGGUUAAAAACAUGCCAAACAGAGUAAAGUUGUCAUGAUUUGAU